AUGAAACCUAUUCAACACAAGCAGCGUAUAUCUAUAGAUAUGGCAAAUAUUUCAAGGGUUGUGGAGCUAUCUCCUCAGAGGAGAGUGAUCUUGAAGAAGUGGACCGAGAUGAUAGAUGGUGGUGGAGAAAUAUUGCGUUUUCAGUUAGUUGAUGAACAUGAUGGAAAAAUACCUGCUAAAGUUAGUUCCGAGGAUGGCCUAUAUGACCAUUUCGACAUGAAUGUGCACGAGGGCCACUGGAAACUAAUCUCCGGAUUCGUCGUCCAGCUAACACCACCUGAGGAGCUUUUCUCCGAAAAUCAACAUACAAUCGUCUUCACCGAGAAUACAGACCUGCAUGCAGCAAGUUGGUAUUCAUCAAGAGCACUAUAUGAAUUUCAAGGACUACACAGACAUAAAGAAUUGCGUGUACAACUCUCAUCAUCCUCUUGUGGAGUAACAAUGGAAUGCAAAGCUUAUGGAGUCUUGGCUGUUCAAAUACAUGAUAAAUGGUGGAGGCAUGGUUCAACAGAAACAUUCAUUACAAUGAGUGACUGGAUGGUUUACCUAGAACAAAGAACCGGAGAGCUCAAGAUUAAGGACGCUGGAGGAAUAUCUAGAUUUCAGUUCAAUGCUAACUAUCAGGAUGUUUUGACUUCAGCGCUGAAUACUUCAAUGACAGUGAUGGUUCCGUUGAGGAGGUGGUUGUACUAUCUCCAUGAAAUUCUACUAUGUGAUCCUUAA